AUGGUAUGUGGAAUGUCCAAGAACAAUAAUAUAUAUGAGUUACCACAUAAUAUUAAAGAAAAGGAAACAAUUAUAUUCCCAUUUUUAUCAAAAAACAGAUAUGGAAUAAUAGCAUAUGUUAAGAGAAUUAACAUAGCAGGGAAGGAAAGGGAAGAAUGUAUAGUACAUAUUAGAUAUGGAAAUGUUAAAUAUCCGGGGUUUAUGAGAGGAAUGAAUAGACAAAUAAUGAAAGUAUUAGAAUUAACAAAUGAACCAAUAAUUUAUUCAAUAAAAAUUGAUGAAUGUAUUGAACAAUUGAAGCAGAAUGGUUAUAUAACCCUUUUCUUAAUGGAAAGUUUCAUAAAGAAAAGAAAGGACGAUGAAAUAACAGGAAAACCAAAAAAACUAAGAGAAUAUAUUUCAAUAGAAAAAAUGAUAGAGUCAUUCAAAAAUUAUAAAGAAAUUAACUCUAAUUAA